UCCCCAGCGCCCCUGGCUCGUCUGUCAGUCCCCACCCCACUCGAGGCCGGCGGCUCCCUCAACUCGCACCCACCGUUCCGAGGGGCCCCGGACUGUGGCACUGUUUCCGAACCCUUUGGUGGGGAUUCCUGGACUUUGGGGCUCUUGGAGAGACUUCCGGGCAGAUCCGGAGGGAGGGAGGGUGGUUAUCUCCGAGAAGAACAGCCGUGUUGCCGCCCGCUGUGCUAUGAGCAGUCAGAGCGCCGUCUCCACAAGAGUUUACAAAUGAAAAUGGAGGAAAUGUCUUUGUCUGGCCUGGAUAACAGCAAACUAGAGGCCAUCGCUCAGGAGAUAUACGCUGACCUGGUCGAGGAUUCUUGUUUGGGAUUCUGCUUUGAGGUACACCGGGCUGUCAAGUGUGGCUACUUCUUCCUGGACGACACGGAUCCUGAUAGCAUGAAGGAUUUUGAGAUCGUGGACCAGCCGGGGUUGGACAUCUUUGGACAGGUUUUCAACCAGUGGAAGAGCAAGGAGUGUGUUUGCCCCAAUUGCAGCCGCAGCAUUGCCGCUUCCCGCUUUGCUCCCCAUCUGGAGAAGUGCCUAGGAAUGGGUCGGAACAGCAGCCGAAUCGCCAACCGCCGGAUUGCCAAUAGCAACAGCAUGAACAAGUCUGAGAGUGACCAAGAGGAUAAUGAUGACAUCAAUGACAACGACUGGUCCUAUGGCUCAGAGAAAAAAGCCAAGAAGAGAAAAUCAGACAAGCUAUGGUAUCUCCCAUUCCAGAACCCCAAUUCCCCUCGAAGAUCCAAGUCUUUAAAACACAAAAAUGGGUUCUCUGUCUGUACCUCUGCAUCAAACACCCUUCCCCUUCUUUUUUCUUCUUCAGGGGAACUUAGCAAUUCGGAUCCUUUUAAGUAUAACAGCUCAACUGGGAUCAGCUACGAGACCUUGGGACCGGAGGAGCUUCGUAGCCUGCUCACCACGCAAUGUGGGGUGAUUUCUGAACACACCAAGAAGAUGUGCACAAGGUCCCUCCGCUGCCCGCAGCAUACGGAUGAGCAGCGGCGAGCCGUGCGGAUUUACUUCCUUGGACCCUCCGCCGUCCUUCCAGAGGUCGAGAGUUCCCUGGAUAAUGACAGCUUUGACAUGACUGACAGCCAGGCCCUGAUCAGCCGGCUUCAGUGGGAUGGCUCCUCUGACCUCUCACCCUCUGAUUCAGGCUCCUCCAAGACGAGUGAGAAUCAGGGGUGGGGUCUAGGUACCAACAGCUCUGAGUCACGGAAAACCAAGAAAAAGAAAUCCCAUCUGAGCCUGGUAGGGACUGCCUCCGGCCUGGGCUCUAACAAGAAGAAAAAGCCAAAGCCACCGGCACCCCCAACACCCAGCAUCUACGAUGACAUCAACUGACUUGGGUGCAAGGGAUAGCCUUUGGCUAAGCAGAGCCCUCUCUCCCGACCCCCACCCAGGUGGCAUAGCCUGGCAAAUGGACGGCUGUUGGGGGUCUGGGCUUGGGAAGCUUGGUGGGCCAGGCAGGCAGAGAAUCCAAUUAUGCGCCCCUGGGGGGUGUCAGGAUCCUCUGCGAUGGAGUACGACCCUCGGCAUGCAGGACUCAGACCUGGACAUACUAUGCCUUGGACAUAAGUUUGGUGGGGCGGCGGUUUUCAUAUUUAUUCUGUGAGUUACUGGAUGUCCAGCUAGGCCAGGGGCCUGACGUGGGCACUCUGCCAGGGCACUGCCUGCCCCCAACCCAGGAACUGGACUAAGCCGUGCCGAGGAGCAUUGUGGCUACCUGGGAGGCUGUGGGUUAGAAGCUGAGCCUGGAGGGGGCCUCCCCCAGCUGCCCUCAGCAAUGUGAAUGGGUCCGGUGCUUGGAGCUGAGGGGCAGGGCUGGGCAUGUCCUGUCUGUGUGCAGAAUCCUAUCAAAUGCCCCAAAUCCCAGGGGUAGGCAGGCACAGUGAGCUGUCUGCUGAGGUAGGCGUCCAGAACUGCCGCUGCCUUCCCUGCCCCUCACAGGGGCAGCCCUUUCCCCUCAGUCCCCAUGGGCCUCCUCAGCAGCAGGAGCUGUCCUUUUGUUGUUGGGUGCCAGGAAAGGGCCUCCAGCCUCUACAGCUUCAAAGACUGGGCAAGGGGAGGGAGGAAGAGGGAGCUGUGUAUCAAAAUGACUCCCCCUACCUUUUCUCCCUGAUCCAGGGCUGGUGAGGAGUGGGGCCCCAAGGUGAGAGGGAACGGUGCUGCUUUAUUUGAAAUGUUUUCUUACCUCAUUCCCUGCCCCAGGAAGGGGCUCAGCCUCACCCUCCUGGGGUGGCCCCAUGUUCCUCCUGCCUACCCUGCCCCAUUGGCCUUCCAGGGCAGCCCAUGUUCCCAACUGCUGCUUGCUACCCCCUCUCUUUCACCUUGACCAGCUUCAGUUCCUCUCUCGAUGCUCCUGCCUCCAAAGCCUGCCCUGUUUCCCCUUCCUUAGCCGCUUUUAAGUUAUUUAUUCUGUACUUGUGGUUUGGGGCUCUGAGGAAAAUCCUGAUCUUUUACCUCUUCCCCUUUGCUAGGAGUGGGGUGGGAAGAGGGUAGUCUCUGUGAUCUGGGUUAUCAGUAGAGGGGAAGGGGUAUCAUGUCUAGGCAUCGCCCUUCUGUGGACUGUCAUGCCAGUGUGCCCGCCUACCUGGUCUACAUCCUGAAGAGAUGUACAAUCCCACCUCCAUGCGGGCACCAUCAUUCCCAGGAGCUGAGUUGGGGGAAUGCAGACUGGGCUGGGAGCAGAGCUGACUGACACGGGUGGAGUUGACCCUAAGCCAAGUUCUCUGGCAUUUGCUGGAUGUGUCCCCUGCCCUCCUCCCAGGAGGAGUUAUCCCACAUUGGGUAGCUAGUACCCAGGACUUGUUGGACUGAUUUGGGUUAGGGAUCCUAGAGGGUUAAGGGAGCAACAUAGAUGGGGUUAUAGUACCCUGUCUGGAACCCCAACCUCCCCCUGGGGUGGUUCUACUUGUGGCUGAUGCCUGGUUGCAAAUUUGUUUUUAACCCGAGAAUUGUGAUUAUUUUUUAAGAAGCCAAACAAAUUUUCAGGAGUUAGAAUAAAUUCUGGGGCCUGGG